AGAGAACAUUGCAUCACGCACUUCGGUCUCCUUGUCCUGUCGGGAGCAUUUUGAGAUGCUGCUCCUCUUCGUACCGUGAACGCAAUGCUAUACACGCGGCGAUCGACCCUGACCGCCGUCGCAAUCAGUCUUUUACUUUUUUACCUCGUCGCAAAUAGACGCACCGUUCUGCCUCUAUCGCUGUUGCUCAGGUCACCUCGCAUCCAUCUCACGUGGGAGACCUGCCCCAAUGUGCCGCCAAGCUAUCCGUUGGGCUGGUCGCACAAGCCGACGUUCGACUGGCGGGGAAUCGAGAUCAAGAAUCCUGUCCGCUCGCUGACCAGGUUGCCCACUUCACGGCCGUCCAGGAUACCGAGAAUCCAGUAUCCCUUUGCUGGCGGCGAGGAGAAGCGUCUGAUUGAACUAGACGAGCGGCGCGAGGCCGUGAAGAAGGUCUUUCUGCGGGGCUGGAACACGUACCGCAGUAAAGCAUGGCUGCAUGAUGAGCUUCGUCCCCUUAGUGGAUACUGGAAGGAUAAUUUUGGUGGGUGGGGCGCCACACUCUUCGAUAAUCUCGACACGCUGUGGAUCAUGGGCUUAGACGAUGAGUUUGAAGAGGCUGUUUACGCUGCCGUCGACAUAAGCCUUGACCCUGAAGACGCUAGGGAAAACUCUAUCAACAUGUUCGAGACCACGAUCCGACACCUGGGUGGCUUGCUUGCCGCGUACGAUCUGACGGACUGUACAUAUCCGCAGCUGCUGGACAAAGCCAUGGAGUUAGGCGCCAUGAUCUAUGCCAGCUACGAUACGCCCAACCAUAUGCCUGUCACUCGCUGGAGGGUCCAUCAGUAUAAUCAGCAGCAGCUUGUCUCAGAAAACGGCAUCAUCGCCGAGCUGGCCUCGGCGAGCCUCGAAUUCACCAGACUUUCCCAGUUGACAGGAGAUAUGCGCUACUAUGACAUCGUCGAACGGAUUACAAAGCUGCUUGCCCAGCAACAAAGCAAGACUCAACUGCCUGGCAUGUUCCCCAUCGCAGUCGGUACACGAGAGGAAGAUUUGACAAAGGGUGAAACAUUUAGCUUCGGGGCUAUGGCUGACUCGGCUUUUGAAUACUUUAGCAAGACGUGGCAACUGCUUAAUGGGCGUGACAGGCGAUAUCAGACGCUUUUUGAGGGGGCCAUGAACGCUGCGAGCUCGCAUCUACUGUUCAGGCCAAGCGUACCAGACCACGCGGACAUCCUCUUUAGUGGAAACUACCAUGCCGUCUCUGGCGAGCUUGAUCUGCAGGUCCAGCAUCUUGGCUGCUUCACUGGCGGCAUGUACCUGUUGGGCGGGAAGCUCUUCGGAAACGCGUCGCACCUCGACAUCGGGCGCAAACUGACGAACGGAUGCGUCUGGGCGUAUCAGAACGCGCCGCUGGGCAUCAUGCCGGAAAUCCUCCAGGUGCCCGCCUGCCCGUCUUUCGAGCCGUGCGAGUACGACACGGAGAACGAGACGCGCUCGGCGCCGUUCCUGCGCGUCCUCGACGCGAGGUACAACCUGCGCCCGGAAGCGGUCGAGAGCGUCUUUUACGCGUACCGCAUCACCGGCGACCCGCGGUACCAGGACGUCGCGUGGGACAUGUUCCAGGCGAUCGAGAACAAUACGGCGACGGAGUUUGGGAACGCGGCGAUCCAGAACGUGACGGACCCUGCCGUCACGCAUAUCGACAGCAUGGAGAGCUUCUGGAUGAGCGAGACGCUGAAGUAUCUCUACCUCAUCUUUAGCGACCCCGCCUACAUCAGUCUCGACGAGUGGGUCUUCAACACGGAAGCCCACCCCUUCAGACUUCCUCGAGUUUAA